GCGCUCCUUCUGCACGGCAGCGGCCGGAGGAUUUGCGUGAGGAAGGUGCGGACGUAAAGAGUGACGACAGGCAGAUGUGGGCAGAGUGCAGGCAGGCCUUGCAUCAACGUGGAACGGAGACAAUCACAAGAGGGGUGCAACGGCUCCACGAGGACGAAGGGGACGAAGCUGCUGUUGAGGAGGCCCAGGGGUGUGACGACGGUGACGGUGACGACGAUUGCAACUCCGACGAUUUGCCGGACAUUAGGCCGUUGGGGAGGAGGGCGACGAAGGGCGGAGCGACUGCGAGGAAGGGUCCCGCUGCAAAAAGUCGACGGAGCAAGAAAAUGGAUGACGACCGGGGCCGGAGCGAUGGCGAGGGCGGCCGGAAUUUCUGGUCGGUGGGAGACACGAUCGCACUCGUGAGGGCAAGAAGGGACCAAGAUCUGUAUUUCGCGGGCAUGGGCACUAGUUUCGCCCGCAUGAAAACGAGGGAGUGGAAGUGGGAGGACGUGCGGGCGAGGUUGCAGUCGAUGGGUGUGACGAGGGAUGUCGUCGAUUGCGGGAAGAAAUGGGACAACUUGAUGCAGCAAUUCAAGAAGGUCCACAAGUUUCAAAACCUCUCCGGUGGGAAAGACUACUUCAAGCUUGCAUCGAAGGACAGGCGGUCGGAGGGCUUCAGCUUCGUCAUGGACCGGAGCGUGUACGACGAAAUGGAGGCCAUGACGAAGGGGGAUCACACGAUCCACCCGAAAAAUUUGGCGGACACGGGGGCGACCGGUGGGGUUCAGAUGCCGGCAGGCGCGGGGGCUGCAGGGGACACCAUGGCCACUGAGGCGCAAAGCCACUACGAAGUCGCUCGUUUCUUCGCUGUCGUCGUCGGCUUGGUUUGUCUUCGGCGUCGUCGUUUCUUCGCUGUGGAUCUUUUCGAUCUCCUUCUCGCCGUGGAACCUUCUCGCCGCGGAUCCGUAUCGCUCCUUGAGUGGUCCGGCGUCCAUCAGUCGCCAAGAUCUUCUUCUCGUCGCGGAGCGGUGCACGUUGGCUUCGUCUCCUUCACGUGCGGGACUUCAUCAGUGUCCUCGUCGAUCGUCGCUCUCGCCCUUCGUCGUUCUCCUUCUCGCCGCGGAUACGUUUCGCCCCUUCGGAGGUCCGCCGUCGCUUCGCAAAGAUCUUCAUCUCGCCGCGGAGAAGUGUUCGCAGGGUUCAUCUCCUUCUCGCGUUCGCGUCGACGUGGACGUGGUGUGCAUGGCAAGGGCGAGGACGAAUUGCUCCCCAAGGCGGCAAAGGCGCUUGUUCGUCGUCGACGCGAACAAAGGCGUGGCCACAAACGGUCAUUGACGGAGGCGGGAAACAUGUCUAUGCGCAGCGGCGCCCGUGGGAAGAAGCGGGAAAACAUCCCCGCGAACAGUCAGGGGAGGGAAAGGGGUCGGCGACAUGUCCCAAAGGCGAAGAGGCUCCGUUCAGAAGAAGCAUCAGCUAGCCUGCCUCAUCGGCGAGGGCGAAGUUGGACGGCAGCCAACGAGGAGGAAGAUGACGACGUGUUCACGACAGAGGAGGAAGCAGUAGAGGAGAACGUGGCGGCGCCUCCGGGAAGCACUCUUCAACGGUCGUGUGAUCAGAGCGGUGCGAGAAGAUUGGCGACACCCCCUCCGGAGGCACAACAAGUGCGUGCGCACAACACCCAGAAGGCGAAGGAGGUAGUCGUCGAUGUCGGCGCCGCGGUGUCUUCGAGCAAUGUUGGUGUUGUGGCGAGGGCGAGAGAAGAGGUCCCAGUUGUGGAGCGGGAGGCGGCGCGCGUCGACAACAAGGGGGAAAGGGAGGAUGAAGACCCCCUUCUAAGCCGGGUUCGGAGGGGAGGAAUGGCAAGAGAUCUGGCCGACCGUGCCCGCCUGUGGGUCGAUGACAAAGCGUUCUGGACGACGAGGGAGCGGCGAAGGCUGAGCGUCGUCAUGCCGAAAUCGUCGACGACCCUCACAAGGAUUGCGGAUCCCCCACAACUGCACGAGGCGAUCGCCCACGCGACGGCAGCGGAGAAUAUCGCUCUGCACGUCUUGCAUGGAUGGGUCUUCAAGUCCGGGAACCGCCCCCGAGGAUUCAAUGUCGCUUUCCAGUACGCGUUGGAGUUGGUGGCGACGGACAUUGUGCGCGUCAUGUGGAACGGCGAGGAGUGGAGUAACGUCGUUAGCGCGCCCGUUUGCGCGCACACAAUCGACCUGAACAUGGACUUGCCAUUGUGGUUUGCGGGCACGAACAUCGAAGGCAGGCCGGAGGACGACGACAUGGCGGCUCACCAGGAGUCUACCGUCAUAUGCAUCGCGCAUGCGUUUCGCGCCACGGUGCAAAUGGGUGGCAUCGUCGACGGCGAUUUCAUCUCGCACGAGCGUCUGUGUAGAAUUGCGGAUUGCUUCAGAUUGUUGUUGGCUGCUUGCAUGUGGUUGAUGCGCAUGGCGGGAGACGCUGCGCGCAGCCACUACGAAGCCUUUUACUUCGCAAAGCUGGUCGCGAAGCCCACGCUCGUCGCGUCCAUGCAUCGCGCUUUCGAUCAUCGGCAGUCCAUCAUCCGAGCCACGAACGCCGUCACGGAGAGACUGGGGAAGGCGAACGCAACACUCGGAGAGUACCCGAAGUACAUCCCCGACUGGGCUUCCUGCGGCAUCGUCUUUGGGCAAGAUGCGAGCAUAACGGGGCCAGAGGACGCGAAAAGGAGGGAUUGGUUGGGUUUCAGCCCCUUGGAAGACGAGGACGACGACGAUGGAAAAGAGGACGCGUAGGGGGGGCGGUCGGGAGGGAGAGGGUGUCGCCGGUGCUUACACGUG